AUGCGCUUACAAACGGCCGCGGAUGCGGUCAGGUGCAAGACCUUCCCGAUGUUCCUAGAAGGAAGGGCUCGGCAGUGGUUCCAGGGACUUCCCCCCAGAUCGAUCAGUUCUUUCACCCAGCUCGCGCGACUGUUCUCAGCACAGUUCGUUUCCUCACGAGCCUUCUCUAAAAGCACCGCUCACCUUCUGACCAUCCAACAAAGGGUCGAGGAAUCACUGCGUGAGUACAUGGUGCGGUUCAAUAACGAAUCCCUCCAGGUCCGCGACCGAGACGACAAGGUGGUCAUGGCUGCCUUCAUUAACGGGCUACGGAAGCAGAAGUUAUACACCGAGCUCGUGGAGAGACCGCCCAAGUCAGUUCGGGAGAUGCUGGAUCGAGCUCAUGAGAAGGCCAAUGCUGAGGAGGCCAAUCGCUUGAAGAGCGCUCAGGAGAGGCAGAGGGAUGACAAGCGCCGAAGGAUAACCGACCAAGGGGACGUGCGACGUGACCAAGGGCGGAAGAAUACCUAUGACCACCCGCCUAGAAGCCGGCCCUUAGGGGGGGACAAGCCUUGGACUUCCCUCACGGCCCCCCGAGCUCGGGUCCUUGCGGUGAUGGAGCAGGAAGGGCUUUCCCGACCUCCCCGACCCUUGGCCGGGGAUAGAGGCAGACGAGAUCAGGACCUGUACUGUGCAUAUCACAGGGAUGUGGGGCACGACACUGAGGACUGUCGUCACCUAAAGAAGGAGAUCGAAAAGCUGAUACGAAGAGGUCAUCUCGGGCAGUUCGUCCGUGACGGCGAGCAGAUCAGAAGCCAGGGGGAUUCAAGCGAGAUCGGACGACCAGCUCGCACGACCGACCUCGAGGUCCCCGUGAUCGGACUCCGGAGCAGGGGGUUCAGAACCUAG